AUGUAUCGUCUUUUAGCGAUUCGGCCCUCGCCGCACGGCAACGGUAACGAUCCAGAGCAGGUCAUGGAGGAAGUCGCUCGUCUCGGCUCGCUUUUGUUCCUGUCCCCAUUUUGGAGACUACUAGGACAUUCGCCUGUGUGGAUGUCAGCCAUAUCGCGUUACCUCUUGCCUGUCCUUACCAAGAACAGGGCAGACUGGAACGAGCUUAAGCCGCUGCUUGUCUGGACGCUGUACUUUGCCGCAAUCGAAACAAAAGACCUCACUGAGCGGAGCCAGGACGUCUCCACACUAGCAGCAGUCAUGAUGAGCAUGCAGUUGCAGCAGUGA